UUGCGACUACCGAUCGUGUCCACGUGGAAACAAUGCACUCGUUCCAUGCUGCGGCGGUUUGCCUUUCGAUUGUCCAAGCAUCCGGGUUUGCAUCUAUUGGUCACUACCAUCGGCCGCAUCCGCAGCGACCAGGAAGUCAUGCGCUGGGAGCGACCGGCGUCCUCGAGGAACCCCCACGAGCGGGUCCCUUGGUGGCCUUGGAGUUUUAUAGUGGGAUAGGUGGGCUGAGAGUAUCCCUGGAUAAGGCAUUAGAGGCGGUCAGCCUUGAAACAAGCGUGGGCAGCUUCGAGAUCUCGUCUGUUGCCAAUUCGGUGAGACAGGAGCGUCCCUUCCGAAUGUGGACCUUGAUAUUCCCCGCUGGCACUAACGUCUUUUCAUUGGUCACCGGGUAGCGCGGUCGAUGCGAUUAGUAAAGAUACACCUACCUAUUGACUUGGCAACACCUGGCGUGGAGGGAUACAGGGCGGCAACUCAAUGUCAUUCUACAACACCAGCAUUUACAAAUGAUCAACCAAUGAUCUGUCAGGACGCCUGUAGACCCA